AUGCUCUACUUUUUGAUUCCAAUUCCCAACUCACAAUCCCGAGGAGCCCCUAUUAUUAUAAUUGGAUACUUCUUUGUAGUUGGAGGUUGGCUGUUAGAAAUUGCAGCUUUAUUGUUACCUGAUUGGAUAGUUUUCUCUGAUGGAGGGCCUUCUUAUGGAAUACUUCCAUAUCCUAGUGUCUUCUCGAAUUUUGGAUGGGCAGUUGCAGCAUGUUGGCUGAUGUACAUAGCCAGUGCACUUUGUUUUGUGAUAUUUUUUUUCUACAUUGCAUUUUUACACAUUCUGAAAAAGCAUGGAUUCAGUUUACAACUCCGUAAAUUCUACUACACUCUUUCAAUUCUAUCACUUAUCAAUGGAGCGCUCUUGUUCACCAGUUACAUGUUAUUCGCUAUCGGUAUAGAUAGUUUUGCAAGAAAGUAUCCACAUUCUUCGAUUGGUUUUGCUGUAUAUAUUGACCUAAUUUCUGCUAUGAUUUAUUUCAUUUCGGGUCCUCUGUAUAUUGUUUUUGCUCGAAGAUUUUGUCCGAUGCCGUUGUUUUAA